AUGGAUGAGCCAUGUAAAGAAAUCAACUCUUGCGAAGCAAUACAUGRGUUACCUCCUCUCCUUUCAGAUUUUGAAGCCAAAGUCAAUAGUUUUUGCAACCACGAAACCGCAGAGUGUAAAAUCACAGAGAAAGUUCAAAGCAUUCGCGAGUGGGCUGACGAAAGAAAGUCUGAYAAUGRAWUASAMAAGAUUWCAGAAGUUGGUAAAGUUAUUGAGACCUCCAUUAYUUCUCUURACGACCUKACGAGUGGUGAACCUUCACGAAUCAUUAAAGGAUGUUUAAACAUCGCACAGUCCGUAUCAAGCAUGAUUGGUGGGCCUUACGGUGCCGCUGCAAGUGCUAUAUGUGGUAUACUAGGUGCUAUUYUAUCAUAYAGCUCACCAAGUCAACCAGAUAUGGCAACAAUGCUUAUUCAAGAAGUCAAGAGAGAAAUUCAAAGAGAAUUUAGCAAAUUCARCAAAGCAUUACAAGAUCAGGAAUUCAGCGGCCUAGAUANUCGUAUGAGAAUCAUGGUGGAGCGGAUGAAAUCAAUGAACGAGGUUUCAAAGGAUGAGCCUAUACCAGAUCGCAUUCUCUUUGACACACAUCUCCCUCACUUCACUGGUAAAGUUGCUGUAAACUUCACUAAUUGCGGCAAGUUAACUGACGAAGAAGCGUGCAAGAACUGUGUCAGCUGGGUAGUUUUAUAUUGCAAAGCCCAAACGGCACAUAUCAUGCUGCUCACCGUAAUUAUUGCAGCUUUCAAGUCGAGUGGUCGCGAAACCAAGUUCAUCGAAAGGCARUUGGAAACUGCAAAAGYUGAAUCKAGRGAAAAGCUGGSUUUUUUAUCUAAUGAGAUGCAAAUGAGAAAGAAARGCCGUCAAAGUCGARGUCACACUCUGUUGGCAAUAUACGUUCGGCGCAGUAAUCUAGCGUAUAGAGUGAUUGAAGGAUUUMGAGAAAGYUUGGGAAUKGAAAAGAUGCCACCACUGAAUAAAAUUGGUCUUAUCGCAUUAGAGGCACGUCACUGUUACCCAGAAGAUGUGACUCAUCGUUACGCACGGCCGCAUGCAUGGCAGGGUGCCGAUUGUCACUACUUUCAGUUGAUCAAUCACACAGAAUUUCCUAUCCUMGUGAAAUGUGGUAACGGAGUUGGCAAAAAAGUUAAUUUGUUGMRGUUUACAGGGAAGUUAAACCCAUAUUCAUCUUAUGAACAUGCAGCCACAACUAAGUUYAACAGAACAUUCUCAACAGGAGGAGUCUUCGUUGUCUAUUUUGAAGAUCAAGGGAGCCGAUUUGAGGAGAACAUGCUCGAGAACGAUGGYUCRCGUAUGAAAGUUUUUGAGUUCGCACUCUCCAAGCCGCUKUUUGGGAAAGACAAAUCCGCCAUYUUGGAUAUGUCAGAAGACUUUUCUCCUGCAACUAACGGUCAAAAUUGCUGGAAAGAAAUGAAAAAAGGAACAGUUUCCAAUAGCCCAAUUUAUUUUGAAGUCGAUGGCCUUCCUUACAUUGCAUUUACUUCAUAUUCUACCAGGGGCAGAAAUCGUUCCCAGACCUGUCGUUUUGUCGUCCAGAAUUACAACCCAUUAGAAAUGCACUUGACUUUAGAUCGAAUGCAGUCUUUUUACGAAAACCCAGAAGACGUGAGCUACGAGCAAUUGGACACCGAGGAAAGACCGCCAGUUCAUCCAAGUGCAGAAUUGAUAGUACUUUGUUCAUCUGACAAAACUAAUGAAAAAAUUAAACGUUUCCCAUUUUCGCACACUAAACACCUUGUUGGGGUUUCCCUUACUGCGUUUUUUAUCGUUUUGCUCUUUGUAAUAUAUAGCAAAUAAGAUUUUUAUGAAGUACCUUUCAAUUUUUAA